AUGCUUCAGGAGGCAUUGUGGUCAGGGAUAGAAACCAGCUUGCCACGGGAACCUAAUGGACCAUAUUGUGGAAGUAUGCCUGUUCCCAAGGAACUCCUAUUGACCACGAACGAGGUCACUGUGCGCUUUGCGAGUGGAUCCCACAUUUCGGGGCGGGGAUUUUUGCUGACCUAUGCGAGCAGUGACCAUCCAGAUUUAAUAACGUGCUUGGAACGCGCUAACCAUUAUUUGAAAACAGAAUACAGCAAAUUCUGCCCAGCUGGUUGUCGAGACAUAGCAGGAGACAUUUCUGGGAAUCUGGUGGAUGGAUACAGAGAUACCUCGUUACUGUGCAAAGCCGCCAUCCAUGCAGGAAUAAUCGCAGACGAGUUGGGCGGUCAGAUCAGCGUGCUUCAGCACAAAGGGCUAAGCCACUAUGAAGGCAUCCUGGCCAAUGGUGUGCUCUCAAGAGACGGUUCCCUGUCCGACAAGCGAUUUCUCUUUACCUCCGACGGUUGCAGCAGAUCAUUGAGUUUGGAACCUGACACACAGAUCAGAGCUUCUUGGCAGUGGGUCAGUGAGAUGGGAGAACAAGUUCACUGGUCUCCUGGCCAAGCCCAAGUUCAGGGCCAAGACCUGUCAUGGGCUUCGGGGGACAGUGGCAAGAACCGUAAACAGCGCGAGUGGCUGGAGACCGAUUUGGGAGAGAAAAAGAAAAUAACGGGUACAGUUUCACAAAUGCAAAACGACGGGCAGUUGAAAUUAUCUUGGGCUGCAGCUCAUUUCUGUUGUAAUGUGGCGGCUUCCCCCUUCCCAGGAAUAAACAUCACAGCUGUUGCUAUUCCGCUGGUGCUCCUUGCCGUGCUGCUUGCUGGAAUGGGAAUCUUUGCAGCCCUCAGAAAGAGGAAGAAGAAAGGAAAUCCAUAUGGAUCAGCUAAGGCCCAGAAAACAGACUGUUGGAAGCAGAUCAAAUAUCCCUUUGCCAGACAUCAGUCUGCUGAGUUCACCAUCAGCUAUGAUAAUGAAAAGGAAAUGACGCAAAAGUUAGAUCUCAUCACAAGUGAUAUGGCAGAGUUGCAAACGGACACUGAGAUCUCUCUCAAAAGCCCAUUCAGACAAGGCCAUUACACCAACAGGAGCUAGAGCAGAACUAUAACAAUGGCCCCUGAGGUACCACGAGAAUCUGGAAGCCCUGAAUUAAUCUGUUACUAAGGUUUUGGUGAAGACACUAAGAAAGAGGGCCUGGAAAGCACAGUUCCUGGCCUUGUGGAAGACGAGCUAGGAGAUGAAUGAUGCCGUCCAGUGUUAGAAUGGCCUCUGAGGCCGGAUUAGCCAUUCCUGAGAGUAAAGCUUCUCAAACUGUCCUUGGGGAAGGAUCCAUUUUGUUGUUUGCCUUUUAAAAAAUUAUUUCUAAUCCAUCAAGAACUAAUACUUUUGUAAAAUACAAUUCACGUGACCCUUGAACAAGGGGGUUAGGGAUGCCGCCCCCCUGCGCAGUCAAAAAUCCAUGUAUAACUUCUGACUUCCCCAAAACUUAACUGCUCAUAGCUUAUUGCUGACCAGAACAACCUACUGUUGACUCCAUCCUUACAAAUAACAUAAACAGUUAACACACACUUUGUA